UUAGAAAGCCAGUGUCGCACUCGCGGCCGCAGGUGCCGGAUCCAGCAUCGCAGACCUCGGAUUUUGCGUGGAUAUUAUACAUCGUGCCGUGCCACAGUGCGUCGUCGAUCUCUCCGGCGACCAAGUUCGCGUGAGUCGUUGUUGUGUGUGCGCGCGGAAGUCGAUUUGCCUCGCUCAGUGCCGGCAGAAGCGCGUCCUCGCUACGACGCCCGUUCCAGCCGAAAGACAGCGAGAUAAGCAGUUAGGAAACACGAUGGGCAUGACUGGAGCGCAGGUCGGUUAGAUUAUUGUAACACAGCGGCAGAAGAGAGACAUGGGACAGGCGUGGUGCAAAGAAAAGUCCGCCAAGGCGCAGGACUCCAAAUCGCCGCUCGAUCGUGUCUUCGUUAGAUGCGCGCACAAGAUCUAUCCAGGCUUGAAGGAAGACGGCUCGUGCCUUGGGGCCGGCGCUGCGCAACGGGUCACGAGCGGUAGCGCGCCACGGAAGCAGUUGCAGCGUGGUCAGAGCAUCGAUUCGGUGGACAGGCCGUUCCAUCCGAGCGAAUGGGUGGACGUUAAUCUUGAGGUUGCCUGCGAGCCGCUGGAUAGCGCUCUCUUCGACGCUGCUAACCAGAGGAGCUCUAGCUACCUGUCCAGACUCAAUGGUGUGAGCUCGGCGAGCGUCGGACUUGCCGCGCCAGUGCCACCGCCAAGAAGACGCCGGCAGCGACGGCCCCGAUUCCAAAGUAACAACGACAACGCCAAUAAUGCUUCGCCACAGUUUGACGCCAGUCGCUCGACCGAAAGUAUCGAUGACGAUGGCACCAGAGAUUCCGACGAUGAGUUCGUUGCGCUCGAGCGCUCUUUGGAAAAAAGUUCAGAGGUAAUCCGUGCGUCGCCGACGAGACCAAAGAAGAACCGCAGCACCUUUAGCCUGCCUGAACUACCCGAGGAGGAGCUGGAAGAGGAAGCGAAAAGGCCACCGAGGCAUAUGAAAACUACUUCCCUUCCACACGACACUUCGCUCUUUGUGUUCCCUCAGCAACAGCAGCCACAGACUCCCGAGAGACUCUUCAACGCUGACCAACGGAUCGACGAGGCCGCAGGGGAUAACUCGAUUUUUAAGAUCGACCAAGCCGAGGAUGUCAAAACUUCCACUCCUGUCAAAGCUCAGCCUCAUGCUGACGCACAAGUCGAUCCUUUUCCCUCUUCGUCGUUCAAUCUUCACGAUGCUUUUCACAGUUGCAAUGACCAGUCGGGCGAGUCGCGCGAUUCGUCUUCGCAGCGGCAGCCAUCGGCUAGCGACAUGGGUUACGAGUCCAGAAGCAGCUAUCUGUUUGCCGAGCGUUCCAACGACGACCGAGAGGAACAAUUGUCCUCCGGCAUCCUCGGAGAUGCGCUCGUCGAGCCAAGUAUCGAGCUACCCGACAAAGAGGUGAUAAUCAUGGUCGUGCAGCGAAGUCUGUCAAAUGAAUCAUUGCCAUGCCAGAUGCUCAUCGAGGAAAUCGACGACGACGAAGAUGAAGCGAUCGGGGAGAAGGCGGAGGCGGAAGAUGGAGAAAAGUCACAAAUCGUAAGACAGAGUGGCGAGCUUGCGAAGCAGGUCGACGCUCAGGAGACUUUUCAAACGCCGCCGCCUAGUCCUGAAUUGAAGAGUCAGCCGAUCGUUGAGAACGGCGUGCACGGGGAUACUGCGUUGGUGGCUCGGCAGCUGGACUCAGCGCUGAAUGCCUACGUGGACAAGGAAGAAGAAAAGUCACCUGAACCACACAUCGUACCGAUAACUCGUGAUCGAAAUACGGCAAACGAGGAGAUGAGUGACAGCAAUCGGCUCGUCGACUUUCAUCAUCGACGCGACAGGCGUAAUCCUUUCGAUGACUCGCGGAACGACGAGAUUGAUCCAGCAGAAAUGCCUCCGGAAAAACCGAGCCGUUUGCAACAGCGUUCGAGUUUGAUCGAGGAGUCGGCGAUCGAGGCAUCGCUGAUCGUGCCAACGCCACCGCGCAGACGGCAUCGCAGUCAUCACCGAUCGAGCUCUAAUCUCGACGAUCGACACAACGACAGACUGAUUUGAAGUAAAAUUGCGUGAAUAUACCGAACGUAGAAGAAUCAAAGUGCUUGUGAUAAGUUCUUUUGCUGGUGUUCUGCUGGAUUUCGCUUCUCUUUGUCGUUUUGUUAAAUUUAGAUUCAUAAUCGCCGAUAAUUAAUUAAAUUAAUCGUGCAAACGUCUACGUAUAAGAGCUUUUAUGGACGAACAUGUUGUGUAUGUAUUUUUUCUCACGUACUAAUUUUUAGUUGUAGACUAGAAGCAUCGACUUCGAUGAUUGUUCAAAAUCUAUGUUUGCAUUCUGAUUCCAACUUCAUCUUUUUUUAUUUAAUUAUCGAGCAUUUUGUUAUAAACUGAUAAGUCAUUUCACGCCAAGUAAACAGCUCUCUGAGUCUGUCGUGUGCAUGUGAAUAAGAAGUUUCUACCUUAUAAAGCAUUAUUCGGAUGAAACACAAAACUUAUUACAAUGUAAAAUAACUAUACUGAUGCUACUAUCAUUUAAGUCAUAUGUAUCCGUACAAUUAAGAACUAUCGCAUUAAUUAAUAAAAUUGAAAAAGAAAACUGUAUAUUUUUUAUUGUUCGUGUCUCCGCGAUGAAAUAUUUUGAGGAAGUAUUUAACAGUUUUGAUAUUUAACUUGCAUUUAUUUGUAAAUAACUUUUGCAUGCGUCGAAAGUCAUUUUUAAUAUGUAUUCAUGACAGGCGUAAAUAAAUGAGUCAAGUUGUUUGACGAAUUGGAAUAUUAAAAUUUUAUAUACUCAAACUAGGAAAAAACACACACUUGAAAGUGUAUAUUUAUUAGUGCAAUUGAUUACGUCGAUGCAAUUAACAUCAAUUCCCAGC